AUGACAACAUUCAUACAUCAACCAUUCACUUUUCUUCAUGACAGUGAUAUCCUCCACUGCUCCAUUACGUCGAAGGACGCAUCCCCAGAGUCUUUAUCUGAUCUUGAACCAAUACUUCCAGAGAAACGAAUUCAAAACUUUAUUACUGUCUUAGAAAUCCAACAGUCGAAAUAUUUAGGACAUAGAAAACACGUCUCAUGUGAAACAAACGAAAACCCAACGUCACACCUUGUCUUCUAUCCCAAAGACAAAAAGGCAAUUUAUGUCUCAACGUACUCCUCUCUCUCUGUUAUUUCAAGGAGAUACACUAUAAACAACUUUUUCUCCCAAUUCUCACACAAAAACUACGAACUGUCCUUUGGAGAUACAACUCCCUCGACUCCUCGUAAAACAACAUCACCCCAACGAACCAUCACUAAAAUCAUUUUUACUAAGAAACAAGACCCUCAAAGGUUUGAGGGCGGGUCAAUUAACAGUAUCGUCUCUGUGCUGGCCGAGUGGGUCCCAUUCACAAAGACGCCAAAGAUUGUUGCCACCACUGAAAACCUAGACACGGUCAAUUUCUUCGAGUGCACAAAAGGAGCGUCUCGAGUCGCUUUUGUCUUUGCGGACAUGGACGAAAACAUUUUUGGGAUUUGUGUGAACAAAGAGGACGUCGGAAGGGCGUGGCAAUGGAAAUCGUUUUCAAGCAAAUCCGCAUUUUGUUUUGCUUCAACUAAAGACAACCAUGAGUUCAUGAUGCAUCACCUUCUUGCAAAGAAAGAAGAGGAUACUAAAAUGUGUUGGUACACUAAUUAUGGAUCACUUCUAUCUUUGAUGACUGUUGGAACAACGGUGCAUAUCAACAGAAACGUACCUUCUACUUUCGAAGAGUUUUCUAAAAUGUUUUAUAUUUCCAAAAGCUGUGUGUUCAAUACUGUUAAAAAUGUCUCUGUCAUUUGUUUCUACUAA